CGGAGGGCGGCGCGCGCGCCGAGGGCGAGCCGUGGGCGUCGCCGCGCCUCAUCGCCCUGGGCGACGGCCCCGACUGGGAGGGCUUCCUGCGCCCGCUCGAGCCCGCGCCGCCGCUGCCGCCGCCGCCCGAGGACCCGCUCGCCGCCCCCGCCCUCGUCUGCUGCUCCUCCGGCACCUCAGGCCUGCCCAAGGGCGUCGUCCUCUCGCACUUCAACCUCGCCGCAGCCGUCGACGCCAUCAUGCAUGAGGAUUCUGCCCCGAAACUGGAUUGCACAAUGGUCAUCACAUCACCUGGCUUCUGGGUGACCGGGACUUAUUACACGCUUAUCUCCAUGCUAAUGCCUCUGAAGCUCAUCUACGAACAUGGCUGCACCGAGAGAGAGCUUCUUGUUAGCAUUGACAAAUACAAGGUACUUGUAAAUACUUCCUCCUUGUGCCAGAUCAGGUUUUCGUCCAGUUUC